ACACAAACAGCUGACUUGAAAUAUGUAAGAAGAAAUCUAGAAUAGAGAGUAUCGAGAAUGUGUAAAUAAAAAAUAUAAAUAUAAAUAUUUUUUUGUUUAAUCAUACUCUGUGCUAAAAAAUGGAUGUCCAGAGACACUCUGUACGUACAUUAGUUUUUCGUUCCUUAAAAAGAACUCAUGACAUGUUUUUAUUAAAUCAAGGAACUUUGCCACCAGUGGAUCCUACUUUACAACAAGUAAAAAAAGCUAUAAAAGCGAAAGAUAGUUACGGUCCAGUAUUGGAACGUGUAAAGCAAAAUAACAUAGCUAAAGCUCAGCAAGAAAAUAAUGCUGUAGAUCCUCCACCACCAGGAGAUGAAACUUUUGAAGCUAAUAUUACUUCAGCAAUUGUUCCUUACAAUAUAACACAGGGAAACACAGGGAUAGUUGCAACAGCUACAAGUGGAGGAGUUAAUGCAAAUAGUAAUGCACUAACAAUACCCCAAAAGAAAACACCUUCAAUGGCUAAACCAAAGUGGCAUGCGCCUUGGAAAUUGUAUAGAGUUAUUAGCGGUCAUCUCGGAUGGGUGAGAUGUUGUGCUGUCGAACCUGGAAAUGAAUGGUUUGCCACUGGUUCAGCUGAUAGAGUAAUCAAAAUAUGGGACCUCGCAAGCGGAAAACUCAAAGUUUCUUUAACUGGUCACAUAAGCAGCGUACGCGGUCUCGCUUUUUCUCAAAGGCAUCCUUACCUGUUUUCUUGUGGUGAAGACCGUCAAGUUAAAUGCUGGGAUCUCGAAUAUAACAAAGUAAUCAGACAUUAUCAUGGACAUCUAUCGGCUGUAUAUUCUAUGGCGUUGCAUCCCACCGUAGAUGUUCUCGUAACAGCGGGACGAGAUUCUACUGGAAGAGUAUGGGAUAUGCGUACCAAAGCAAACGUCCAUACACUUGUCGGGCAUACUAACACAGUAGCUAGUGUGAUUUGUCAGUCUGCCGAACCACAAAUUGUCACCGGCAGCCACGAUUGUACAAUUCGCUUAUGGGAUUUGGCUGCUGGAAAAUCCAGAGCCACCCUGACGAAUCACAAGAAAAGCGUUAGAGCUUUGUCGUUUCAUCCAUCAUUAUACAUGUUUGCCUCGGCGUCGCCGGACAAUAUCAAACAGUGGAAAUGUCCAGAAGGGAAAUUUAUUCAAAACUUGUCAGGUCACAAUGCUAUAGUUAAUUGUCUAGCUGUAAAUGCUGAUGGAGUUUUAGUAUCUGGCGCUGACAAUGGUACUAUGCACCUUUGGGAUUGGAGAACUGGAUAUAACUUCCAGCGACUACAAGCUCCAGUUCAACCUGGUUCAAUGGACAGUGAGGCGGGAAUAUUCAGCAUUACAUUUGAUAUGUCGGGCACUCGCAUGAUUACAACAGAAGCUGAUAAAACUAUAAAAGUAUAUAAAGAAGAUGACACUGCUACUGAAAAAACACAUCCUAUUGACUGGCGACCUGACAUAAUAAAGCGAAGAAAAUACUGAGGAUCAUAAUGAAUCAUGAUCAAUUAUAAACUAUUUAAUUUAUAUAAAGCCUAUUUUAUAAAAUUUUGUCUAUUUUGAAUAUUCAAAAAUUGUAAAAAAACAUUCUAUGAAAUAACAUUAGGUGUUUUUAAAGUUCUUCAUUCAAAUCGAAAUCUUCCUCGGGAAAAUCUCCGACUUUCACAUAUGUUGGCUUCACAAAUCCACCAUACUUUGGUGGACAUUCAAAAUAUCUUUUACCACUGACACUGUUGACAAUGUAAAAAGCAUAAAGAAAAAUAUUUCGACAUCA